ACUCUGAUUGCAACAUAUUCUGGUUUUAUUAUUGCGUUACUAUGAAUGAAAGAUUUACAGUGACAGAGAGGAAGAUUGAGAGACAAGGGCAGAAUGCCAGCAUGCAAAUGAUCUCAUUGUUGAAAGAGGGAUUUCCACAUUUCCAUGCCAUGAUACAGAACUCAAAAACAAGAGCAGCGAGGAAAAUAGGGCACAAACACACACAGAUAUACACUAUCACAUGGGCCUUGUGAAGGAGCAGACGCACAGCAGGUGUUUACAGCGUCCUGUUGAAUCUUUGGAGAAACAUUGCGGAGAAAAAGGCUGAAUGAGCUGUUACAAAGCAGAAACCUCUGCGUUGUUUUGUUCAGGGCAGUGUGGGACAGUUUGGCACAAUGCAAAUGCACAGCAGCCAGUGCUGUAAACAAAGGUAGCCCUCACUUUUAUUUAACAGAUGCAGCCAGGCAUGCUCAAUGUGGAUUGGACACACAGCAGGCUGACAUACAAGCAAGAGCUCACACUCCCUCACUGUAGCCGUGUGUCUACGCAGACCAAGCCGGCGGUACUUGCCAACUCACUUACAGGAACAGUUCCGCUAUCUAUCGACCGUCCGUCCAUUUGAGGGGUUCCUUACCUGUGUAGCCUGUUUCAAGUCACCCCAUAGCAUCUCCUCCUGUAGGCCCCGUGUAACAUGUUAGGGCUUUUGGAGAGUUAUUUUAGCAUCUUGCAUUCUGCUUUCAGGUGAGCAGGUGGACAGCCAGAUCUGGGCAUGGUUGAAGGUAUUUUCAAUGUCCACUCCUUGGAGCCUAUUUUCCAUACAGUGAAAGUGGCUGAUUCCAGAUUUUUCAGAGAUCUCUGUAAAGCCCUUAUCAGACUCAUAAGUUUCUACGAUAUUUCUGAAGGCCUCAGACAGCUUUUUGGAUCUCACCAUGGUUUUCACUCUUACUUCAGCAAGGAGCAUUAAAUGUCUGCAUUUAAAACAGAACAAACGUCCUUUAAAAUGCUGAAUAACAGUGUCACAUGACGUGCUCCUGAAUGUGAUUUUAGCCAUUUUAUCCGGGAAUAAUUGUGGUUGUUCAAACUCAAUCCUCACCAUAAUUGGUACUUUUUAUGACAUUUUCUGGAAAAUGAUUAAUGGUCUUUUCUUAAGUGUUCAUUGAUAUUGCCUAAUUUCAUUAAUACUGACUGAAGAGCCGUUUGAGAGUCGAAAGAACCGGUUCUUUUAUGUGAGCCGAGCCAAAGGAUCCGGAUCCCAGAAAGAGCCGGGACUCCCAACAGUCAGUCCAACUCUUUUCCUGUAGCCAGCAGGGUUGGCCUGCACGUUUCCCGUGGCAACGCGGCCCCUCCCUUUGGCCCACAUACGAGGUGUUUGAAAAGUUCACGGCGUGUUUGUGCGUGUCAGAAAGGGGCGUGGAGGCCGAACCCACUCCAAGGAGCUCCUCGGUCCGCCUUCAGUAGCUGCAGAGCCUGACAGAGUGACAGUACCGCCCCAUAGCUCCACUUAGGACCUCCUGACAGAGGAACUGUUUGAGUUCAGGUGAAAGACCCCUCCGACCACCUGUGAGCCAUGGAAGAAGGAUCCCACGCAGAGCCCGGCAGCAUGUCCGUCAGUGUCUCUGGCAGCACUCACACCAUCCCACAGCUGCAGCCCGAGAACACGGAGCUCCACAUCAGCCCGUCCUCCGCUCCGUGCUCCCCAACCCCCACCGGGACCCUCAACCGGCUCGGUCUGAGGAGACCCAGCAGUUCCACGGUGGCCUCUCCCCCCUUGGCCCCUGGGCAGGUAAGCGCCAUCACGGUGGUGGCGCUGCUGGACAAGCUGGUGAACAUGAUGGAGGCGGUGCAGGAAAACCAGCAGAGGAUGGAGCAGCGGCAGUCCGACCUGGAGGGCGCCGUGCGGGUGGUGCAGAGCGACGUGACCCGGCUGUCUAAGGCGCACCUGGGCACCGCAAACAGCGUCAACAAGCUGCUGGAGCGCUCCCGCAAAGUCAACGGCAACGUGAAGGAGGUGAAGGAGCGUCUGGACAAGCAGGCGGUCCAGGUGAAGAAGCUGGAGGCCAACCACAGCCACCUGCUGAAGAGGAACCACUUCAAGGUGCUCAUCUUCCAGGAAGACAAUCAGAUUCCUGCCAGCGUAGUGGUCAAGGACUCCCCCAAGACUCCCGUACCAAGCCAGUAUGACACAGAAUCCACCAUCCAUCCUGCUCCAUCUAUCACCGGAUCUGUUGAAGGCAGUCAUACUCAAGACGAGGUGUUCCAGAAAGUCAGCCUGUCCUCAGAUGAGGAUCCUGAUCUUCCAGGUGCUGCAUCCCACAGAGAUGAUGAUGAGAUGGACGGGUACGAGGUUUCUCCCAUCAAAUUUGAAAGAAGGUCUGAGAAGUUCAAACGCUCCGGCCUGAAGAAAGUUGGUAGCAUAAAGAAGGCCUUCACACGAGAGAAGAUUGGAGAGAAGGUAACACAGCUCACCUCAAAGAUUGUUCCUCCAGAGAAGCGUGAAAAAAUCAAGAAGAGUUUCACCCCCAGCCACCCUAAGUCCCCAACUUCCAAGGCCUCUUCUUUCACAAUUUCCCCUUUGACCUUCAAUGUCAAGAAGAUCAGAGAUGUUGAUGUGGUUGUUGAAGAAAUGCAAUCAUUUGAAGGAGACGCCCAUGUGGAGAUUCCUCCUUUGGCAGGUCUAGAAGGCAAGAUUCCCUCAGGGGAGGUGCACACCCAGGAGGGCAUUGUGCAAGAGGUUCUGGAGACCUUACGUCCGUCUACAACAGAGAGUGUCAAGGCAGAGGUGUCAAUCAAUGGAAAAUCAUCAAGCGUUGAGUGUGAGAUCAAUGGGGAGGGUUUGGCUGGCCUGGCGGUGCCAGAGCAUGAUGAAGAUGCUACCGAGGAGGAAGAGGAAGAAGAGGAUGAAGGGAAACAGAAAAGCCCCAUUGAGGUAGCAGCUGAAGUCCAGAUCCCCACAGAAGCAAUUGCUGUGGAGCAAGUGUCUUAAUAUCAUUCGUUUAAAGCAUCAGGUCCACGUUUUUUAUUCUUUUCAUCUUCAAGUUUCUAAAAUUACAGAAAAACCCCACAGACACAAAUUAUCCUUCCACUGUAAACGUGUGUGUACUUUUACUGAGUACUAAAACCUUUACUUCCAUAGUCUGAACUUCUACCUUUCAUUGUCCCAGUGCAGUGUAAAUAUCUUCAAAUGGUUUUAUCUCCUAAAGAGAUCAGAUGAAAUGUUCCACUGCAGGUCCGUUUUGUUGUCAGGUUGUGAUCCACCAAUAAUCCACCAUAACUCACUGUUAAACUGGUGCACAUGGGUGCACAUCUCCAGGGUGCUGGAGCAACUAUAUUUCUCCUGCUGUGUUUGUCUGCCUCUUAUUCUCUGUUCCUUGCUGAAAAACAGCCUCUUUUGUUCCUUUUGAGUUUUCUGGAAAGUAAAAAAAGAACUAAAAUAAAACCUCUGGCAAUAAACCACAACUUGCUGAGGCAGCGAGUUGCCAGGUCGAGCUGGAGCUGGAAUGAGGCGUUUUUGCAUUUUUAGCUAACCAACACUUGGGUGUUUUUUUUUUUUUCGUGGGUGGGUUGAGGUUGUUUACUGGAUUUUUUUUUUUUUUUUUUGUAGCCUGAACCGAGGAAGACCAGAUCCUACCUAACAGGUGAAUUUGGUAGCCUUUACGCUGUCUUCUCUUUCGCCUCAGCAAUUGUAAGAUAGUCCCCUUGGUGAGAUCUGGUUUCCCUUUUUCUGAUCUUAUGUAACUGAUACCUAUUUAGAAGAUCAUAUGAACUUUAUGUUGUAUUAAUAGUAUAUUAAUGCUGACAAAACUAGAACAACUGUAAAGUAUUCUUAUAUCAUGGGAAAACAAUUAACUUAGAAACUGUAAAAAAAGAAAUAAAAUAUAUAUAUAAAAAGGGAGAUAAUUGCAAAGGUUGGGUGGCAUUACUCUGAGAUGUAAUUACUGUGGAUGUAACUUUACACUAAAGUCACAGCUCUGUAUAACUAUUGGUUUUUUAGGGAUUUCCAUUCUGUAUGGGUUUGGUACAACAGCAUAAAGUAGUGAAAAGUGUUUGUUUAAAGGUAUUUUAAACUGCAAAUAACCCUCAAAAAGAGAGAAAAAAGAAAGCAUAAUUUUCUUGAAGGAAGAUAAUCUUCAUCCUGCUGGACUAAACUGUUCCCUUCAGGUAAAAUGUUCCACACAAUUUGGUUUAAAACUAAAAGAUACCUUUCUUUUAACUGUAAAAACGUCAGCCUUAAGCUAAUGCAAAUAAAGAAAGGACACAGAGAACGGCAUAACUUCUAGUUUUGGCCUAACAUAAAAUCCUGGUGGUUUAUUUAACAGUUAUUUGACCCUUUUGUCUUUCUGUAUACUCACAACUAGCUCUCCACUGCUACCGUAGAUCACCGGGAACCUGAACCUUUCUCACACUGUUGCUUAGAAACAAGCAGGCGGGCCAUUAAGCUCCUGUGUCAUCAUUAUCAACCCAUGCUUGCGUUGCUUUGGUGUGGAGGGCUGCAGAUCCCUAUUUCUUUUAUGCCGGAGGCUCAUUUUAUUUAAAUAUGUAUUUACAUCUAAAACUCAAUGUUUAUUGAUUGUGUAAAAGCUCUGCCCAUGUUUGUCUUUCCUAAUACAUCAUUUUGUUUUCUAAAACAUUUUCCAGGACCCCAUCACUGUAACACCCUCCAUGCCUAAUGCAUGCUCAGGCAUCCUGCUGCCCUGCCUUUAACUUGCACAAGCUGGUUUAAUUUGCACUUCUGUAGGGAUGGAUUCCAGUGGUUUUAGGCGAUAAGAGUGGGAGUAAAACAUACCAGAAACGUCUCUUUCAUUUAAUUCAUUUCAUCCCUCACCUUGUGGAUCAUAGCUAGCAUUUUACAAAGACAUAAAAAAAAGUUUACAUUAACAUUAGUUGACUGUCAGGUUUUCUGAAGAAAAAAAAAUAUUGAUCAACGUGAAUUAAAACUGAGUAAUGCCAAAACUUUCCUAAAAAUAAUUAAUGGGGUCAUAACAGCUGCCAGGGAUCCAGACUGUAGAUCGGUUAUACAGGAGCACCUAAAAGCAGAGAACAGCAUUCCCAGCUUUGACUGAUGACUCUUGCUCAGCCCAUCUUUCAUUCUCCUGGCCUCCUGGUUGAAGGUGGUGGAGGUUCUUGAGGAGCCACAGGUGUUCUGCUCCUGGAGGAGCACCGACACUUAAGCAUGUUGGAGAAAGAGAGCAACUGUGCUGGAAACUGUGGGAAAGUACUUCAGGUGCUGGAAGGGAUGAUAAAGAUGCCUUGGGUGAUUUCAUGCUGCAUUUUUUUUGCAGAGCGGCAAUGAAACUGAGAGUCUGUGAUGCCUUUAACUGUGGGAAUCAACACAUUUUUUAUGGGAUAGACAAUCUGAUAUCUGGCAGUGCAGGAGUGGGCAACCUCCUUUUCGGAUUGAAUUAAGUUCACAUAAAUUCUGUUGAUUUUGAAUUAAAUUAAUCCCAAAAAGGCAAUAAAUGUUCUUUUUUUAGAAUUUUUAUGUUUAAAACAUAAAUAAUCUGCCCUCAUUUCAACCUGCAGAAACCACAUUUUAAAGUUCAUAAAGCUCCACAUUACCUGUGCAAAAGGUAUUUUUGACUGACCAAAAUCACAUAUUUACUGAUCAAAUCAGUCUCCAGUUAUGCCAGAGGUCUUUCUAGAAGCUUAAUGUUCGUUUUAAGGUUUGUUAUUGCACAAGUACAUAUAUAUAUAACUACAAAAUAAAAGUUUUAUUUGUGUGAAACCGUUGGGAAGUUUAGAAAAUGGGACAUUUUCUAGUUGAUCUACACUGUUUAGAUAUACUUGCAUAUAUUUCAGUAGGAAAAAAUAAUAUUUAGUGAAUUGCAGAGUUAUUCCUGCUUGUUUACACCCGUCAGCAAAAAAGCGAUAAAACAAAAAUGAAACACUUUCAUAUUGCAUAUUCUAAUAUAUACUAACUUUUUGUAUUCUUGGAUAUUCUGCCCGGUUGUGUUUUAUUAUUUUCUAUAUAGAUCAGUUUUUAUUGAUUGCUGCAUAUAAUCAAACUCUUCUGUCAUUUAAGGCUUGUCAGAAAUAUUUUGAUGAAUAGUUUCUACUCUUAUAUUCAUGACGGAAUUUAAAUAUGACAAAUACAGGAGCUGGAAGACGGGACAUAUAACACAGGUGUAACAUCACUUCACCGUAUGCUUUUUGUGCUAUAAACAAACUAUGGCAUCUGUAAUUGGACAAAACUCUAAAUAAUUUGACGGAUUUUCUUCUAAUCAACUCAUUGUCUCUGUUAAAUUUGUUCAAUCAUUUUGUUUGAAUUCCUUUAGAAAUGUAUUUUGUGUAUUGUUUCCGCUGGUUCAUUAAACAUCAUUUAUUCUGUGUUUUCUGGCAUGCUUAAAGGUUUUGUUUUAAAAUGACACUUUUCAGUCGAAAACACGUGAGAAGCUUUGUUUGCUGAAAGUGAAAUCGGCUCUGUUAGAGUGUGUUAUUGCAGGUAACAUCAGGAUGAUUGCUUUUCUCUUAGCCACUUAAACCAAAGAACUUUUCCGUCACAUAUGCUUCCUGUAAACAUGCCGUAUCUUUGAAAAGUUUAGAAUUGCAUACAUCAAUAAAGAUUUUAUAACACUG